GCCAGAAUAUAAAUAAGCAGUGCACAGCAUCAAGCGGCUACAGUGGGCGACGGAACGUGAAGCCUGUGUGACGCUAACAAACAACUGCAACACUUGUACCAAAAUAAACAACCACAACAACCAUAACGACAACUGUAACCUGUGUGUGCGAAGGUUGCGUGUUUAUUUUGGAAAGAAUGUGCGACUUAGUGCAAGAAAUCCACGAAUAAGCAAUAUAACUGCGAAACAAACGAAGAAACCAAACGAAACGUAACGAGAAACGAAAAGUGAAAGAAGAGAAAACGUUAAGCAAAACGUCAAAUUCCAGCGGGAUUUAUUAGCAGAGGGGGGCAGCAGCCAUGACAAGCAUCAAUUGCGUGUGGUUUUGUUUGCUGCUCUGCCACAGCUGCAACAUAUUUGGAUUACUUCGUCUCGAACAGCACUUUGCCGAGGCUCUGCCCUUUGAGUACUUAGAGGAGCACGAGGAUGACUUCAACUACGACCUGGACGAAGCGCAAUCCCAGGCCAAAUACGAUGCACGUCUACUCUCCGAGCAAAUGUUGAGCGACGCUGAGCUCCAACAAAGAGCAGACAUCGAAUCCGGCAUCAGCUACAACUCCAACGUUGACGCCAACGCCAACGCCAACGCCAACUCCAAUGCCAACAUUAAGGCCAACUCGCAGUCUGGGUCUGACAACAGAGAGCAGUCGGCAGCUGGUUUCGUUGACUCCACGGCAGCUGAGGAUGACUUGGAGCCACAUAGCAGAGCUGCGGCGUGUUUUACAAAUGGCCACAAGUACACACAUGGACAGAAGGUGCCGCGUUUGGAUGCCUGUGAGGUUUGCCUCUGCAUGGACGGUGAAAUCUUUUGCUGGUGGGAGAAAUGCGAUAAGGCGACUGUAAACAGCGCUGCAGCUGGGGGAGACUAUUCAGAUCCGUAUCGACAUGAGACCACAACGCGAAAAUCAACAAAACUGCAUAAAACGGAGAGGAAAGUUGGCAAGCGGCAUAAGCAUCACAAGAAUCAAAAGAAUUUUAAUGACUAUGAAGUUUACCAUAGCCGUCAGCAGGCGACGGAUUAUAAAAAGCCAGACAUAAAGCAACAAAAACAAAGGAGCAACGAUGCCAGCCACAGCAGCAACUAUAAUAUAAUCAAGCAACAUAAACACGAACAGCAGCAGCAGCUAAAGUUGGCAACACCAGAGUCCCAGCAACAGCAGCAACAGCAACAACAGCAACAACAGCAGUUGCCAAAGCCACAACUGCAGCAACUUCAUGUGGUGGCAGUAACAGCUGUUAAUCAGGCUGCAAAGGAAGCGCAUUAUCAGCACCAAUUGCCAACGCCUCAACAGCAACAGCAACAGCAACUUGAGCAAGGGCAUGAGCUGCAGACACACGAGCAACAGCAACAACAUUUACAUACCCAUCAACCGCAUUCGUCCAGCAAGAUUUUGAAUUUUCCCGAAAACUUGCCGGCUCUUCUUUAUUAUGACUACAAGACCGAGGAGCAUGAACAUCAUCAGCAUCAGCAUCAUCAGCAGCAUUUGCUGCAUGAAAAGCAGCGACAGCAGCAACAACAACGCUUGCAACAGCAACAGCAGCAGCAACAGCAACAACAGCAGCUACAAAAGGCGAACCCAGACGUUGAACUCGGCACAGACUUGGGCAAUGAUAAAAACUUUGAUGAGGCGGAAACCGACAGCGAUAUUUUGCCAGAGCCACCAACAAAGCGACCAACAGCUGUGGCAGCAACAAUUGAAAUGAUGACAACGCCGCGUAGCGAACAUGCUGCCACUGUGGUUGCCAUGGCCAAUACAAAUCUGGAACAAGUGCAACAUCGAGCUGAGGAAAUUGAGGACACUGACGAUGCAUUUCAUCGUUGGCUGACAUCGACGGAACUCAAUGUUGACAGUACAAACACGCUUGACGAUAACUUGCCAGCCGUUGCUGUUGAGCAGGAAACGCCAGCAUCAACAAUAAUCGAUGAUGUUGGCGUUAACAGCAGCGGCAGCAGCAGCAAUGGCAGCAUUGCUGUCAAUCCGAAAGACAAUGGCAACAGGCACGGCAACAACAUAGCUGACAAUGCGGAUGCCGUGUUCUUUCGUAGCUCGUACAAUGAUUACAGCAGUGAAUUCAAUGGCAGCGUUGUCAAUAUUGACAUUACACUAACUGCAGUCGAUGUGCAUCCAAAACGGCAAACGGAUUUAAUUGCAAAUGACAACCAAACGUCAGACGUUAACGUUGCUGAAAGACAAGCAACAAUGCAGUCAACGGCAACAACGGCAGCAACAUCAACAGCAGCUACAACAACAUUAUCGUUGCCGUUUGUAGCCAUCAGCAGCAGUGGCAGCAAUCAGCACAGCGUGCCGCCCUACACGCUGACAACGAUUAUAACAACAACGCCAUUGGCCACGGGGCGUAUGUGCAAUGUGUUGGGCAAAUUGUAUAAAAUUGGGGAAAUUCUGCCACAGGACACCGGCAACUGCUUGCAAUGCAUUUGCACCGAUGCCGUGACACCUGAUGAGCUGCCCAGUGUCACCUGCAGUCCGCACAAUUGUCCGCCGCUCGUUCUGCCGGAUCUGUUCGAUGCGACUGGUUACUGAGGUUACGGGUAUGUGCUGUAAGUUGCCACCAACCCAAAUGCAAUUUUGGAUGGUUAAUUCGAAAACGAAAUGCAAGAAAAU